CGCAGAUAUGUGUCCUUUCGACGAGUGUUUCGACGUCUGCUUGUUCUGCUCAUUGAGUGCCAACUCAAAGGCCAUGUUAUCGUGUUUUGAACUGAAGUAAGGAAGCAUACAAAGCUCACAGUCAUCGAUUGUCACGAUGGCACGGCAGCGUCGCAAAGAACCGAGGGACCACCCCAGAAAGCUUCAGCUGGCCGCGAAGCCCCGGCCACCUGCGAAUGCAAAUGAUGAUCAACUUGGCCCAUGGGCGCCUCUGCCGUAUACUGCUUUCAAAGCAAUCUUGUCCGCUCGACUAUGUGCAGCAGUGUGGAACAACAUAGCUGAUUGUGACGAGACCUUCAACUACUGGGAGCCUACGCACUACCUGAUGUAUGGCAAAGGGCUUCAAACCUGGGAAUACUCUCCCCAGUACGCUAUUCGAUCGUAUGCGUACCUUUGGCUCCACGCGCUUCCUGGCCUUGUCUACAGCAGCCUGCUUCAGUCAAACAGGGUUCUUGUAUUUUACUUUAUGCGUUGCAUCUUGGGCUUCGUCUGCGCGCUUUGCGAGGUCUAUUUCUAUAAAGGUGUACUUAAGCGCUUCGGACCGGUAGUUGCACGCUCGACUCUAGUCCUGCUUCUGUUUAGCACUGGCAUGUUCAUCUCCUGUACUGCGUACCUUCCGAGCGCAUUUUCCAUGUAUUGCGCGAUGGUUGCAUGUGGAGGCUGGUUCCUUGGGGACUACCGUGUCACAGUGUUCGCUACUGCCGUAGGUGCUCUACUGGGCUGGCCGUUCUCGGCCGCGCUUAGCUUGCCAGCUGCUUACGACAUAGCUUGCGUGAAGCGCAAGCUUCACCCUUUUUUGGUUUCUUGUGUGGGUUCGCUCGCCUUCAUUCUGCCCGUGCUCGUGGCCAUCGACUCGCAUUAUUUCGGUCGAACCGUGCUGGCGCCCCUCAACAUUGUCAUUUAUAACGUGUUCAGCAAGCACGGCGCCAACUUGUACGGCGUCGAACCAUGGUCCUUCUACUUCAAGAACGGACUGCUCAACUUUAAUGUGGCUUUUGCAGCCGCUCUGGCGUCAGGUCCGGUAGUGUUGAUGUGGCCUAAGUUGACACGACAAGGUCAUGCGCCACAGGGCCGUGUGAGCUCUGACUGCCUGCUGGAGCUGGCGCCACUCUACCUUUGGUGCGCAAUUUUUUUCAGCCAAGCACACAAGGAAGAGCGCUUCCUCUUUCCCGUGUACCCGCUCAUCUGCCUGUGUGCCGCCAUCUGUGUCAACACACUGGAGUCUGUGACCAGCCUCUACUCGCGCACACUGACGGGUGUCGCACGACGCGCCACGUCCGCUCUGGCCCAGCAUCUCUGGCUCGUCUUUCUGGUCACCGCCACGCUGCUGUCCGUGUCCAGGACGGUGGCCCUCUAUCGAAAUUUCAGAGCACCCAUGGAGAUAUACAUGGAGCUUGGGCCACAUGCAAGCCUUGGUGCUGACAGCCAUGGUAGCCAGGGUGACAUUAUGCCAUCAACACUUUGUGUGGGGAAAGAGUGGUACAGAUUUCCUUCGUCUUUUUUUCUACCUCAAAACUGGGAACUCUCCUUCAUUGAGUCAGAAUUUCGAGGACAGCUUCCCAAGCCAUAUGCAUCUGGUGCUAAUGCAACACGCAUCAUACCCACAGAUAUGAAUGAUGCCAAUAGAGAAGAACAGUCUCGCUACGUAAAUCCAACUGUGUGUGACUACCUUGUUGACACAGAUGGUCAUGAUGUGACUGAUCGUGAGCCUGACUACUCAUCCAGUCCAGAUUGGGAGGUCGUCACUUCUGUCAAGUUUUUGGACAGCAAGAGGUCUCCAAUUUAUGCAAGAACCUUUUAUGUGCCAUUUGUAACAGAACAACAGUGCGUGUAUGUCAACUACUACCUGCUCAAGCGAAAGAAACCAACUAGGAAUAAGGCUUAGUUCUUUUUUCUUUUUCUUCUAAGUGGUCCACGACCCAAUGCUAAAAGAGCAUUCCAUAUUACUUAGCGCUUGGUUUGUGUGUUUAUGUCUAAGACAUUUUCAACCAUGACUAAAGACCUGACAUGUUGACAAAAUUUUCAGUUUUGAACUAGUAACACGGUCAUCAAAAUUUUCAGUACAGGUAGUUUUGCUAUCAGCUGGCAUUGCUAUAUUUCUGUAGUGUUGAAAAUAAGCAAAAACACCAUUUGCAUGUACAAUGUAAAACUAUACAUAAGAUUUUUUUAAUUACUAUCUUUUUUUAAUGCUGAUAAGCUUUUUUAUACUGUAAGUUAUUGAAACCUACACACCUAUGUAAAUAAUUACAAACGUUGUGCCCAAGUCAGUACUGUGUGGUCUGGAACCAGUUCAGUACAUCAGUAGCUGCUCAUGAAAGCUCUUUGCAUCAUAACAAGUAGAAAGAAAUGUGGCAUACUUGGAGUUCACAAAUUACCUGUUUGUGAAUUUCUUAAUUGCUGAAAGCCAUGAUAAAUGCCAUAAUUAAAGUGCGUUUCACCUAGAAAUGUCAUUGAGUCUCAUUAUAAUGUGUUUGUAUACAUAAAAAUGACUGUGAUUUAGAAAA